AUGACAGACCCCCGCCAACGCGCUCCGUUUGCCCACGUCAGCUCUUCACUCGACCUCCGCGGCUACGCCGACACACCUCCCAGCUCCUCUCCGGCCCGCUUCGGAAACAACCUCGGAGUACAAGGUGGCCCGGGCUUCUUUGCGGCUCCACCACCCCAGCAGCCGUCCGGGUUUGCGCGUGCCGCCAACGCGGCCGGCGCCGCGUUAGGCGGAUUUGGCCUGGCUCGCAAGUCCACCGACCAGGGUAUCGACACCAGCAACACCAGCUCGUUUGGAGAUGCGCUCACGAAGCUGCAGCAUCGCGCGAGCGCCCUUCUCAACGGCAGCGAGUCAGGAGGGAGAGGCAUCGAACUGCCCUCCGUCCAGACGUUGAGGUUCGUGUUCCUCUGCAUUCUGUGGUACGCGUCCAGCGCGGUCUCGAGCAAUACCGGCAAGGUCAUCCUCAACAGCUUCAAGUUCCCCCUAACGCUCACGAUCGUCCAGUUUGCCUUCGUCUGCGGGCUCUGCUGGAUCGGCUCGAGCCCAUACCUCAAGUGGACAGCUCGGCUUCGGUCACCGACCCUUUCGAUCAUCCGUCACACGCUUCCCAUGGCCUUCUUCCAGGUCGGCGGGCACAUCUUUGGCUCGCUCGCCAUCUCGCGCGUGCCCGUGAGCACUGUGCACACCAUCAAGGCGCUGUCGCCAUGCUUCACUGUUGCGACCUAUGUCUUCCUCUUUGGCGUCAAGUACUCGCCCGCCACGUACCUCUCCCUCGUGCCUCUGACGCUCGGCGUCAUGCUUGCGUGUUCGUUUGACAUCUCGUUCAACAACAUCGGGGGACUCAUCUGUGCGUUUGGCUCGACCAUCAUCUUCGUCUCCCAGAACAUCUUCUUCAAGAAGGUCAUGCCAUCUCCUGGCUCGAGCGGUUCCUCUGACUCGCCCCGCCUCGACAAGAUCAACCUCCUCUUCUUCUCCAGCGGAAUGGCGUUUCUACUCAUGGUCCCCAUGUGGCUGUACUAUGACGCGCCGCGCCUCCUUGCGGUGUGGUGGGGCACAAGUGUGCUCCCUCCUACAACAGGCGACGCUUCGGCUGCCAAGGUCGUCUUCACCUUUGUUGUCAACGGCACGGUGCACUUUGCGCAGAUCCUUAUUGCGUUCGCGCUCCUCUCGUCCACGUCACCUGUGACCUACUCGAUCGCGAGUCUUAUCAAGCGCAUCGCGGUCAUCUGUCUGGCGAUCAUCUGGUUCAACCAGCCUGUCUACGCCGUCCAGGCCAUCGGCAUCGGCCUUACAGCUGUCGGCCUAUGGAUGUACAACGCCGCCAAGCGCGACGUCGACAAGGGCGAGAAGCGCAUGCGCCAAGUCGAAGCACAGCGCGACGGCAUGCUCCCAACCACUCGCGCUGACCAGCUCCUCCUCGAUGGUGUGAGUGGCGCCAGCACUCCUGUCUUCGCCCCGCAGUACGCGUACGCGUCGGUCCCAGAGUUCUUGCAUCCACCCCCUCCAAAGGAUCACGCCUCCCCGCGCCCCGUGUACCACCACUUUGAGCCUGUCGCCAUCAAGACGACGGCGCGCCCAAUGUACCCCUACCCAUCGCCGCCUGCGAGCACGGCGUCCUCGCCCCCGCUGGCCCCCCAGCGUGACGACCCUUCUUCGCCUGUCUUCGUGGGCGCAUAG